AUGCCAACAAAUCAGUCAAUGAGCGCGCGAGACCGCGCCAUCAAACACUUCCAGAGUCUAGCUCCUGGACCACCCAACCCAGGAGAAGGCACAGAGGCUUACAGGGAUGUUGACGAGCUGGCAUACGCUCUAUCUCGAGUGCCCACGUUCACACCUCGGCCAGUGCGUAUCAUUGCAAUUGGGGCGGGCUUUGCUGGUAUUUCGAUGGCCAGGGCUUUCUCCUGGGCACCUAACCCGCUCUGGAAAUCGUAUUACGCCAAGCAAGAGGAUAUCUUAUGGUAUAUACGAUCAGUUGCCGAACAGCAUGAUUUACGGCGUUACAUAAAGACGUCUCACAAGAUCACCAAUGCUUCUUGGAUACCAGAGCGCGAGGUCUGGCAGGUCACAGUGACCAAGACCGACGGUAGAGAUCUCGUCAUUUCCAGUCCAGGUAUUACAGAGGGUGAGACCUCGUCUACAUUUGUGGAAGAGUGUGAUAUCUUCAUCAACUGCACCGGUUUCUUCAAUCACUGGAAAUGGCCCAACGUGAAAGAUCGAGAAGAGUUUGGGGGAAGAAUGCUUCAUUCAGCAGCUUGGCCACAGGAUGCUGAUAAGGACAUCAAGGGGAAAACUGUGGCACUGAUCGGUAAUGGAAGCAGUGGUGUCCAGAUUCUCCCCGCCAUCCUCAAUGACGCAGAGAAGAUAUAUGUCCAUAUUAGAAGUCCCACAUGGAUCACCACCAAUUUCGCUUCCAAGUUUGCAGGUCCCGGUGGAUCAAACUAUGAUUACUCUGAAGAGAAAAAGGCUGCCUGGGCCAAGGAUCCAGAGACAUAUCUCCAGUACAGGCGUCAGAUCGAGCAGGAACUCAACAGCCGUUUCGGUCUAUACGUAAACCAUUCUCCGGAGCAAAAGGCUGCUCGAGAGUAUGGAAUCCGUGAGAUGGCCAACAAGCUUGGAGAGAGACAAGACUUGCUUCAAGCGCUGCUACCGGACUUUGCUGUUGGGUGUCGUCGUCCAACGCCUGGCAAUGGGUAUCUCGAGGCUCUCACGUCGCCAAAGGUACAAGUUAUUUGGGGCACUGUCGAUGCAUUCACCAAGAGCGGUAUCCGCACUUCACCAGGUCACGAAACAAAAGACGUGGAUACCAUCAUCUGCGCCACUGGCUUCGACUUGUCUUGCGCCCCUCGCUUCCCAAUCACCGGCCUCAACGGAACCGAUCUCCAACACCUCUGGAACGGGAACCCACGGUCCUACCUCUCAGUAACAGCCCAAGACAUGCCCAACUACUUCGGCUUCCUAGGUCCAUUCUCCCCGCUCGGCCAUGGCAGUCUGGUCACUUCGAUCGAAAUGGUGACCAAGUACAUCACCGACUUUGUGAACAAGCUUCAGACUCAGAACUACAGUUACUGUGUCCCCAAGGCUCACAUACCCGCUGCAUACCAGAAACAUGCCCUCGCAUGGCUCAAUAAAACGGUCUGGGCGAGUAAUUGCAGCAGCACGUUUAAGAACGGGACUGCUGGAGGAGAGCUAAACAGUUUACAUCCUGGUAGUCGCAUCAACUACUUUGAGCUUCUGCGUACUCCGAGGUGGGAGGACUUUGAGUGGAAGAGUCUUUGCGAUAGUGAGGACUUGACUUUUGCUUGGCUGGCGAGUGGUUUCACGUAUAGGGAAAAGAACCCCGCUGAAUAUCCGGAUACAACCUGGUUUAUCAACUUUGACAAACAGUCUAAGCAGAUCGAAAGACGAUAG